ACAAUCAGUUCUUACUCUGUCAGUGGCGACGGUCCAGGGCCUUGGGCUCCACUGUCCACACUCGGGGCGGGGGUCGGGCUCUGCCGCUCUCAAGCUGUUCAGUCAGUUCCUGAGCGUGUUCGCGUAAAGUUGGGACAGAGUUAAUGUGCUACGCGUUUCAUUCAUUCUGUGCAGUUUGAAUGCUACUGUCGCAUUAGACUUUUGAAAUAUGGAUUAUUUGCGUUCCCAGACCAGUUAAGCCACAUGAGUGUGAAUCAACGGCAGUUACAAGAUAUACCUUCGUCAGAGUCAAUUGGUCAUGGCUUCCCGAAGAUUUUGGGCAAACGCUGCCUUAUUCCAUGUGUGGGUAGUAUUCGUCGUUGCUAUGGAGAAAGAAAUGAGCGAAUCUGUCGCACGGAAGCCAAGGUCAGGGCUUGGUGAAGAAUUGUAUCUGACGCACGGGGUGGAACUCUUCUUCAAUAACACUCCCAUAGACCUUAUAGAUAUUACAGAUGGAGAUUCCAUGCGUAUCACCUUCUUUCUCGACGAUCCACUGCCCCUCGGAACGGAAGAAGUCAUCCUUCAGGAAAUCAGCCCUGAUAACUUCGGUCAUAUUAAUGUGUCUCCUGAUCAGUGGAGAGUAGAUAAUUCAGAUUUUGCCAAGGGCGAUGACGGCCGAUGGACAGGGUCCUUCAAUCUCACAGGAACUUUCUUAGGAUUUUCAAAGAUCAUCAUCUUGUUGAAGGACAGUCAAGGAGAGGAUCUAGCAGCCACUAGAUUCUACGUUGUGAAAGUUCAGAGAUCUGAUAAGCUGUGGGAUUUAAUCUUCACUAUCGGAAUGAUCACUCUCGUAGCCAUUGCUUAUGUCAAUAUGGGAUGCGCCAUCGACACUGAGGUCAUCAAGAGAGUUCUUAAAAAACCCGUUGCUCCUGCCAUAGGACUGUGUUCACAAUACCUCUUCAUGCCCAUUACAUCGUAUGUGUUGGGGUAUAUCUUGUUCUAUGACUCCCCUGCGCAGUGGUUGGGACUCUUCAUGAUUGGAAGCUCUCCUGGUGGAGGUGGGUCCAAUCUCUGGACCUACUUGCUGGGAGGCUCCCUUGACCUCUCUGUCACCAUGACGUUGGUCUCCACCAUAGUUGCCUUUGGCGCCUUGCCUAUGUGGGUUUAUGCCCUUGCGACCACUAUUUUUCGUGAUGGCAACUUUAGUGAGCUUCCUUACAAUCAAAUAGCCGGUAUGGUAGUGGGUCUCAUUGUCCCUUGUGCAGUUGGUGUCUUGAUUAAAAAGUAUCUUCCCAAUACUGCUGGAAUAUUGAAAAAAAUGCUCACUCCUGUGGCAAUCAUUUUCAUCAUAUUUGCAUCAACAUUAGGCGUUUAUAUCAACCUGUACAUCUUCAGCUACUUCACCUGGAAGGUGAUUAUAGCUGGCUUUGCCCUACCUUGGCUGGGUUUCACCUUUGGAGCUGUUGUAGCAAUCCUCUUUCGUCGGAGUUGGGAGGAGGUCAUUGCCAUCAGCAUCGAAACAGGAAUCCAGAACACAGGCCUUGCAGUUGGAGUUAUUAAGUUUGCUAUGCAGGACUAUUCACCGCUUGGAGACAUAACUGUUGUAAUUCCAAUAGCAGUUGUUACUUUCACUCCACUGCCACUCUUAGCCUGCCUCAUCGUGAAGAAGAUUAGAGCUCGAUGUUGCAAGAAGAAAGAAGUCACUGGAAUAGAUGGACCCAUGCAAGAGGAAGGUUCUAUCUCUAACAUCCAUAAAAUGACUCCAGCAAACUCUCAGACACCCCUUCAUAAGGACCUAAAAUGAUUUCAAAAUAAUUUUCCAAUUCUUACCCUGUGUAAAUGAGAAAUCUUGUAAGCUUGUAAAAUGCAUUACAAAUAGCAGUGCAUUUAUGGUAAUCCGUCCAUAUCAAGAUAUUUUUACAACUUUCCUCGUAGGAUUAUGGAAGCAGAGAGAAUAAAACAGUGUUGGUUUUCACCAUUUAAGGUAGCUGCACAUGGGGAACAUAGUCAUUCAGUUUUACAGAAGAAUGGCAAUGGGUUUUUCCCCAGUCUGUCCUCUCAACAUUAUUCCUUAGUUUUAAUAAGGAUUCUUGUUUAGUUGUACAGUGUACAAUAAUGUAAUGAUGAAAACAUUUUACCUAGGGAGAGGUAAUUGUCUUUGAGUUUCUUAUGUAUGCAUAAGUCAAACAAGUAUUAUAUGUAAGGUUUUUGCUAUGCAUAGCCAUCCUUUAUGCUAAUUUUCAGAUACUACUAGGAACUAAGUGAUUUUAUCCUGUCUCUUCAGUAUAAGUGACCACAAUUACUUAUUCAAACCACUUUUCUUGUUAAGUGAAGUUUUGAAAAUGUGCUUCACCAUGUGGACUGAAUGACCUUUCACUUGGUGAAUAGGAAUGUCCUGCUGUCCUCAGUUAGUGGAGCAUACAAUGUCUUUUGUUUACAGGAAUGAUCUUCCUUUUCAGGAGUGUUUAACCUUGUGUUUGUUUAAAAGCAAAGAAUAUCAUUAAUAUUUCUUUGAUUGUGAUAAGUCUUGUUAUUGGUUGGCUUUUGGAAUGGAAAGCGUACAAGAAUUUCAGGAACUGAUGAGGACAAUUUGGAAAGAAAGAACAAAGAAGAACUGUAGGUAAAGUUAUCUAUAUUAGACAAACAUACCUUGUAAAGUGAAUUACUGUAAAUUGCAAUGUAUAAAAACAAUUUUGAAUAGAUAUAUGUUGGUAGUAUGCCAUAGGCAGAUUUAGUGUAUAAGACCCCCCUCCUCCUUCAUUCAUUCUCUGUGAGAUGCAUAUUCUGCUUUAGAAGGAACAUCAUCAUAACUGGACAGUGGAUCCUACCUCAAACUAUGGAAUCUUCCCAGCAGUAUUAAAAAAUAGAGCCAGAUCUGAUUUCCAGUAAGACAUAUUGCUGAUGAGGUUACAGAUCAGUUUAUAUUUCAUGCAGAAUUUGCUUAAAUGACACCAAAAGACUAAAAAGGAUAUAAACACCCAAUAACAGAUUGUUACUUCUACAUUAUCCUGCUAAAACUCCCCAAGUGCCAAUAAACAUGAGAGAAAUAGUACUGGAAAUCAUUCAUAAAAUACAGUAAGGAUUUUUUCACUAUAUUUGUGUUAUCAUGUCCGGUAUACUAUUGUGGCAUCAGAGAACAAAAUAUUUUUGAAAUUGCUGUGUUUGGUGGUAGACAGGCAAGCUAUGGUUGCACCACCUUUACUAACAAAGCCAAAAUAUUGGAAACCUUUUAACUGUUUAUUUCAUUUAGCUUCUUUGACUGCUAUCAACCAUAUGACUUGGAUGAAUUCAGUGGUCCAUAAAUGACUUAAGGCAACUGAAGUAGCUUAGCCAGUAAGUGUUGAGACUUGAUGGGGGAAUGUAUUACCCCUCUCUAUCCCAUGCCGUCUUGUUAUUUGUUUGAUCAUAAAUAUACCCAAAGAUUGCUGUUGGUUUUAGUUUUUAUCUUUCAUGAUAGUACUAUGUCAGCUAUAAUUGUAAUUUUGCAAAGAAAAAUGCAAUCUCGCAAAUAUUUUACAAUAAAUAUACUCGGAAUUUGUUACCGACUUUAGUUCUUAUCUGUUAAGAUAAUGUGUGAGCUUUAGUUAUUAUUUUACAAAAUAAAAUAAAAGAAAUUAUUAGGAAAAUAUUUAUAACUUAGAAAAUUAAUAUUACAAGUGUCUUGUAAAAGAGGCCCUACACAAUGUGUAAAUAGUCACUUUCAACUUCCUGUGGAUGGUUCAGAAUAGUAAUGUAUAUAAUUUUUUUUUUCAUACACCAUUCGCAUACCUCCUUUCCAUUCUUAAAUUGGCCAACCUUAAAGUUUGCCCAGUGUGGGCACUGUGGGGGUGUGCUCAAUAUAUGUAUGUAGCCCAUCCCUUAAGGGUUCAAAAGCUUGGUAUUUAUGGUAAAUUCAUGCAAGAUUAUGAAAAAAUAUUGAUUUGUGAAUCAACGCCAUACAAAAUCUGUAAGUCUCGUUCACACCAGCCUUUUCCACUGACCAUUUUGUCAUUCAGUUAUAUGCCUAUUGUAGGCUACAAAUGCAUUAGCCUAAAUGCAAGAAGGCCUGUACGUAGUACAUUUAAAAAUUUACAAAAUAUGUAGUUUCUUUGGUAAUUUUAUAAACUUUUAUACUUUAUUAAACUUCCUAAUUACAUCACAGCAGUAAUGCAAAUGCUCUCAAAGCUUCAAGGCAACUGGGAUGCAGAUACGUACAUACUAGUUUUCACAAACACUAUAAUAGUACUUAAUUACCUUUAUGACAUUUUUAAUUUGUUUCUGUGGUUAUUGAAUUUAAAAUUUUAAGCUUUAUGAGAUUAUCUAUGCCUCUUUUUUAUGCUGAAGUUAAAAUUGCCUUGUAUAUGAAGGAUCCUAGCAAUGAAGACUACUAAUGCAUUCUCAUCAGAAAAAGUUUUUCAUCACAAAAGAUGCUUUUCCUCCCUACUUUCUUUUUCACUUAAUGGUACAUACUGCAAAUCAAAUCCCAGAUUAUUUUGACAGUGCUCCUCUGUUAGCAGUUUUUUUAAAAAAGGAAUAUUUAUAAUAUUGCCCUUAUGAGAUAUGUCACAGAUUAUUCUAGCAUUACAACAGCAUUUGUCACAGGAUUUCUGCAAGUAGCCUUAAUGAGAUAUUGAUCUUGAACAGAAGCACGUCUAAGCCGUCCACUUCCAUGGAAAUGUUUUAUUUUUCUCUUACUUUUUCCCAUAUUAUCCAUCAACAAGCAGUUAUCUCAUUGAUUCCAAGCUGUUGUGCAAUCUUAUUUCCAGAAACAUUGGUCUUCUGUAUGUUAACGAUUGAUUAUUAAAGAGAUGAGGGAGUCUGUUUGGCAUUAUCCAUCAUAUGUAUGACUAAGUAGAGUUGGAUUUUCUGUCCAGGCAUGAUGUCAUAAGCAGAAAGCUAUAUUUCACACAAAUUUUUAGCUGCUAUUUUUGGGAACUUGCAUUAGAGAGAUAUUAAAGGUUAUUUACCUUUAUUGGCCAUUCUUUUCAAAAUGGGUUAGAAGGUGUAGUAAUUUUUGGAAACACUAGUGAGAGGAGAGCUGGAAGAGUUUCAUGUUAUUUCCCUCAAAACACUUUGCUUUGAUAUGUUGAUGUUGAUUUAUUUGUACUAGUGUUUGAGGUUUCAAGGCCAGAUGCAAUGACUUGGACUUGAACAAUGUGCCUUGCAUUCUGUCCUCUGUAGUCGACUUAAGACCACCUUUUAUAGUAAUAUAUUCUGAAGGUAAUUGUUUCCAGUAUAAUUUUGUAUUAACUUUAGUGGUUCAGGUUGGUUUCUUUUAUGAUGCCCAUUGUUAAUAUGUAAUGGUGUUUUUGUGUUGAUCUGAAUGACCAUGGAAACAUAUUACUUGUAAUCUAAUCUUCCUGAUUGCAACUCGUGUAGAUUAUCGAUUAAAAACUGUGUACAGAUUUUAUUUAAGUUUAAUUUCAUGUGUCCAAAAUGUGUACAGGAGACCGGCCCUACCCCAUGUUCGCGGUGAUGCGUACCAGACCUCCCCACAAAUAGUUAUAAUCCAUGAAUACUUUAAACCCCUAUAAAAGUGCUUAGAACUACCUGUGUUGUUAGUUCAGAUUCAAGAAAAACCCACUAAAAAUGCUUUUACCUGGUUUUUUAAAGUUAAAACACAAAAAGUGCAUUUAAUCAUGAAAUUGAUUUGAAAACAGUAAUUGGUGGAUAUUUCCCUUAGAAAAAUACUGUAAAUAUGCAAAUUUUUGCAAAUAAUGGGUAUACUAUAUGGUCCAUAGAGAAAUCCACGAAUACAUGAGUCGGCAAAUAUCAAGAAUGCGAAUACAGGGGUCCACUGUACACAUUUUCAAGUACUAUAACUGCAUAUGUAUGAAUAAGAACUGACUGUACCUGGCAGGGCACAGCUGUGAAGGCAUUUCUAUUGUCAGUCUUCAUCUGUUUUAUUUUGAGGAAGUUGGUUUUGUAAGAUACAAAAGCUUUCACAAUACGAAGGGUCUAUCGUUAUGGAGGGUCAUUUUUUGAAAACUCACCAAAAUCUAAAGAAUUUAUUAAAGUUUCUAAGAAUGUGCCUUUCUAUGUUAACUUUUGUUAAGGGCGAAAUCAACAGUAUGAAGGGUCUAUCUCAGCCAGCUAGGUGGCUUAGCCUAUCAGCAUGCAGAAUGAGAGUAUGCAUCAGCCAAUCAGUGAAUGUUGAUAUGUAUCAAUACCGUAAAUGCAGGGUUCUGCUCAUUAAUAUUGCAUGUCAGGUGUUACAGGGUAUUAAUAUUUCUAUAUUUUCUAUUAUCUAUUAUGAUAAUAGAUUAAAAAUAAAUAUAAAUAUAGAAAAAACCAUGAUACACUGAAAUUAACAUUCUUCAGAUACACUUGCACAUUCUUCAUUACCAUACAUGCGUUAACAAAAAUAUUCACAGCACAAUUAUUUUUAAAGAUACAAUGCUCACAAACAUAUUUUUGGAAAGGUAAAACAUUGCUAAACAACUUGCAAAACAAAUACUUGAGAAAUCUUCAUUGGGUCAAGAAAUACAUGAAAAUAAAUAUGCAGAGCGAAAAAUAUAAAAAACCAAAAACACAAACACAAAAACAAUCACCAUUUGCAACUUCAGAAUACGUUCAAUUUUAAUUCUAAAGAUAUCGCCAUGAAGAACUUUUCUUCCACUUUCAGCAUCACUAAUUUUCUUUUAUAUCAACAAUAUGUACUUUUUACUUUGGAAACUAACUUCCAAAAAAUGUUGUAAUGUCACUAUUGUAAGAAAAAGUCACUUUCAAUUAACUCGUAGUAUCAUAUUUUGUUUGAUUUUUCCCCCCCAAAAAUGCAUAGUGCCAUAGAUUUUCCUUCACAUUGCAACAAAAACAUGAAAAUAUCUUAAUAAUUGACUGACAUACUGCUGUUUGAAAAUUGCAAAUUUUCAAAUGUGAUUUCUGGUGUUGGAUUUUUAGAAAAAUUGCGAUAGACCCUUCAUAUUGUGAAAGCCUCAAAUGUUGCUAGUGUCCAUGACAUGCCACACAGGUCUGCAUGUUAUUAAGCUUUAUGUAAUGAAAUGCAUAUUUCCUCUUUGGUACAUCGGAAAUGUGUAAGUGUCAGGAAUAGCUUUUGUGCUCUUUGGUAGGAACAUAUAAUCUCUAUAAUUUUUCAAUCUGUACAAGAAACAUCUUUUAGCAAGAAAUAUUUUACAAAUUACUUGAAUGUACAGUAGGAUAUGAUAAUUCAGUCCCGUUUUUUUUGCUUGGCUUUGUGUCUUAUGCAUUAUAUCAGUACUUUCACAUAGUUUAAUGCAUACUGCCUUACAUUAUGAGUGACAUUUUUGUGAUCAGAGUUAUGACUGCCGAAUGUGCAAAGCUAUGAUUUGUUUCCUGAUUAUUUAAGCAUUGUUAAUUAAGUUCUGUAGCCUCAGUUACAGUUAUCAAUUUGAUUAAUUGGGAUAAAUUUAUUCACGUUUUUGACAUUUUGAUUGAUUAUAGGAGAAAUGUAAAACUUGGACUUUAAACAUUCUGUUGACAAAUUCAGACACUAAGUUCUAAAGUUGGGCAUUGACUUUUAACUCAGACAUGAAUGGUGUGGACUUGAACUUGGUCUCAGAAGUUGUAGAAUAUACUGCAACAGUGAUUUUUACCCAGUCAUCUGUGCCUUACUUUCCUAUGGUGCUACAAUACUCACAUCCAGUUAAGGACAAUCAUAAUCUUCCUUCAGAAGGACAAAAUUUUAUCUGUUAAAUUGAACAGGAUGAGGAAAGACUUGCUGGUCUUAUUUUAAUGACUAUCCUCAAUGCUUACAUAAAAAAAGAUUAUCAGGAAAAAAUAGUAGAAUAUUUCAGUCAAGCUCAUAUAAGGUGAUUUUUUAAAGCACUUCUUAAAUAUGACAAAUUUUUAAUCUUUGUAUUUUUCAUAGCUAACAAACUUGAGGUCUUAACAAUAUGCUAACUUUCCAUGCACCAGCUGGUAACCGGUUAACACACUCAAAGAUUGUAAAGCAAAGGAUCUGGCAACUCCUGUGUGUACGAGGUGAUAGCUGGUCAGAGACCGUGCACCGGACCUCGCGACUCUCCACGCUUUUCCUUAACCGCCUUGGGGAGUAGACACUUCCACUUUUGCUCUCCUUCCAACCUGGUUGUUUUGUGCCCGUGUUCUUUCUUGCAGUGUGUUGUGUGGACUUUGACAGAGGCAUCAUUAUGAUGACAGUAAUGUUAUUUUUGUUAUAGUUAUGUAUUGGUAAAGUUUAAUAUAUUACAUUUAUGAGACAAAAUAUUCAUUAAGUACUACUGACAUGAAAAUGCUAAAACAGCCGAGUAAAUCUUGGAAACUUGCCAUUAGUACUGUUUGUUUAAAUAAGGCUUUUGAGAUAAAUUUUCUUUGUUGUGUCCUGGAACAUGUACUGUAAAUAAGUAUACAAUUUCUGAUAAUGUCAGAACAUGAGUAUACGUACUGCAUUAUCACUAGUAAAGGUACAUGUACUUAUAGUUUCAUACUGACUUCCCAACACUUACCCCAGCAUAAAAUCCUGGAUCAGCCCUUGCAUCUCUUCCUACUUGCUGACUUAGUCAUCAUAAAAUAUAUGUACACAAUAGCACACAUAUUUAUUGGAUAAAAAAAGACUAUUUCAUUCAAUGAGCUAUGCUGAUUUAAAGUAAUUUAGCCUUAACUAAAGAAAAUAUAUUGCUUUCAAACUUGAGCAGUGCCUUAACAUAUAGUUAACUAAUUCCCAGACAAGUGUGUCAUGAUGUAAAGCUGUCAUAUAUGGUACUGUAUAGGAAAAAUUGCAUUAUAAAAGUAUGUCAAACUAUGCUACCUUUUGCCACAUAUCAUUGCAAUCAAUUUUUAUCAAGAAGCUGAACCACUUCUUCAUUUACACUCUCCUUAUUAUUUUAGAUCACCCCUUAAAUACCAAAGAUAUCCUACUCUCCCAGCAUUCACCUUUAAACACAGAAGGUUCAGAGCUGGAUAGCUUUGUCAUGGAGUCCUGAUAGGUGAAAUUCAUCACUCAUUAAGGCUUAACUUUUAAUGGCCAUUCAAUUUGCAGCAAUGACAGUCCUAUUUUUUUAUUUUUUUAAAAAUACAUCUUUGUCUUGAGAGCUAGAGUCAUUGUUUAAAGGAUAUUGAGAGUUCCGUAGUUAAAAUAUCUUGAGCUAUAUUGGGUCAUGUAGGGCACGUACUAAUGCUAAUAGGAUCAACAGGGACUUUGUACUGUAUUGACUUUACUGUUAUUUUAGAAAGAAUUAGUAAAUUAAUUGGCUAUUUUGGGGAUUUUGUAUUCUAUAAUACGUACAUACUACUAUAGUGUGAUAAUCAUACACAUUAUAUAGGGUCAGUCUAAAGGAAGUUACUGUAGUCAUACAGUUUGUCCCAUAGUAAGUGGCAGCAGUGAUGAUAACCUUGUGAGAAGCAAAAUCCUAAAACAGUAAACAGGCAAAACCCCACAAGUCCUCUUGGCUUCGAGUGAGGAUUAAUACAAUGCUUAUGCAUGUCUUACAUAAUAGCUGAUGCAUAAGUAUAACUAAACAUCCUGUGGUGCAUAUGUCGCAACAUUUAAGCUUUUAUUCACAGGAGAGAGAGAGAAAGAGAAUACUGAAUACUGUUUUUUAGGACUCAAACUUUAUAACCAAAAUGACAUUCAGUGUAAGCCUAACUUUUGUUAUUAUAUAGUCUGACUGAUUAUUUGAAACUUUGUAUUUAUUAGAAUGACUUGUUCUAUUAAUUAGAAUGGCUUAUUCUACACAUGUUUGUAGAAGCAAUGUGAUGAGUCUGUCUUCCAUUAGUUUUUCUGAAUUUUUUUUAUGAAAAUCUGUUGCUUCCUGGAGAUAUUUGUUGUUAAAGGAUUUUCCAUAGCAUAAAAGAUGAAAGUUGUUUUUUUUUUUUAUUGAAAAUGAAUGGUAAAAUUUUCACCAGUUCUAAUGUCAAAGUUUAGAAAAAAAAUUGUGCCUGAUAUUUUUUGUUAAGAAGGCAUAACUACUAUUUUUAUAAAGAAGUCUUUUGAAUUUAAAGUGGUAUAGUGAAAUGUUUAAAAUAAAAUCCUAAAAAUUUUA